GCAUGGUCACACUAAAAUCGCGAUUUACUUCAACUCGCGUUUCAUUUUUCCCCCAUUGUUGUUGUUGUUGUGCAUAUAUCAAUUAAUGCUGCGCGAGGCGAAAUAAUCAGUGGACAAGCAGCCCACCGCACCGCACCGCACUGCACCGCACCGCCACCGCCCCGUCCCCCAGCGCCGCAAAGGAUCGACCGGCAGCGCAGCGGCCAUGAACUUUCCACUGGCGAGCGCCAACAAGGAUACGCUGAGGGCGGCCUGCAAGAAAUGCGGCUACGCCGGUCACCUGACUUACCAAUGCCGCAAUUUUCUCAAGGUGGACCCCAACAAGGAGAUCCUGCUGGAUGUGGAGAGCACCAGCUCGGACUCGGAGCUGGACUACCUCACGCCGCUCACGGAGCUGCGAGCCCAGGAGCUAAAGGGCGGCGCUGAGGUGCCGCCGCCAGUGGCGCCCAUUCCGCUGGCGUCAGCCACCAACCGGGAGAGGAGCAAGGACAAGAGCCGGGACAGGCUCAAGGCGAAGAAGCGAGAAAAGGAGCGGGUGCGGGAGAGAGAAAGAGAGAGAGAGAAGGAGAAGGGGGCGAGCCGGAGCAAGGAAAAGAAGCGAAGCAAUUCAAAGCGCAGCCACAAGUUGGCCGACAGGGACAAGGACAAGGAGAAGAAGUCGGUGCGCCACAAGAAGCACGGAACGAAGAAGAGCCGGAAGCACAAAAAGACCAAUAGCAGCAGCAACAGCAGCAGCGAGCUGGCCAAAACCAAAACGGGCAAGCGACCCAGCAGCGGGAGCACAAGCAAGAAGUCAAAGCGACGACGCUCCUCCACCACUUCCAGCUCGGAUUCGUCGUCAUCGUCGGCCUCCUCCUCCUCCUCAUCAGCCAGCAGCUCAUCGUCGUCAUCGGACGACUCGAGUGACGACUCCACCACGUCGGGCGAUUCGUCCGAGUCCGAGUCCGAUUCCAGCGACAAUGAGGAGUCGAGCACCAGUGAAUCGGACGAGUACGGACGCAAGAAGAAGCGGCAGGGCAAGUACAAGCGCAAGUCCACGGACACGGCCAUGCUGCGGCGCAAGAAGACCAAGGUGAAGCGGAAGCGACAUCGCGCCGGCGGCUCCGGUGCUCCCACCGCCGGCAGCAGCUACCUGAGCAGCCUCAGCGACAGCAGCACCUACUGAGAUGGAUGGAUCAGCAAGAGAAUCUGGAUCUGUAUUCAGGAUCAGGAACAGUAUCGGUAUCGGUAUCAGGAUACACAGCUGCCUCCCAAAGCACUCGCUCCGUAAACUAGCUCGAUUUCCAUUUUAGCCGUAAAAGUGUAGGACCGCCAGCCCGUCCUUCCCUUCCACUUCCACUUCCACUUCCACAGAGACUGCCUCCAGUUCCAGGUCCCCGAUGAACUCUUCCCCGGAUUACGAAACGCAAGCACUAAACUCUAGACUUGUCUUAGCCCUUAAGUUUCAGCAUCAUGUGCUGCAAAUACAACAAAUUAGUUUGUACAAGAGGAA